UGCAGAGGUCGACAUCGCCCCGUCUCUCCCCCCUUCAUUUCCAUGUAGAAAAAUGGCGGAGCGGAGCUGCGGAGGCUGCAUCGGCUGAGCUGCUUCACACACCACUCGCGGGCACUCAGUCGUCGCGGACGGGGGAGGGGGGGGCCAUCGUGUCGGGAGGGCACUGCUGCAGGAGCGGGGCGAGGUUGAUCUCCGAACCGGCGGAGGUUUUCAUUUAUUGUUUUGCCUCGAAGCGGAGCGAGGAGCCACGAAAACAAGUCAUGAACGGGGAUAUUGUUUGCAACUCACUUACUGUCUUAAACCACACCAAGUCAACAUCACCAGGUCAGGAUGAAAAGAGGAUCAAGCUGACACAGGAAGGGAGGUGCCCUCCAAUAAUCACACAGCAAAAUGAAGCUCCGUGGCAGGGAGAGGACCGGAGAGCAAAUACCAUCACUACACCAAAAGACUCAAAGAGCCAGUGUUCACCCUGCUGGACAGAUGAACAACCGUCACCUCCGCAGCUCUACUGCCCUCAGGCCUGCCUUCGUUCCUCCACCGAGCCCUCCCUGCCUCUCAGUAACAGCCUAUGUCACACUCUCCUCCUCACUGGCAACAACAGCGCACUCCACGGUCGCAAGAGGAGAGAUGUCCGCCCCAAGGUCGGGGGAAAGAAACCACCUCGUCGAAUUGCAGCUGGAAAAAACUCCCAAAACCGAAAAGUAACUGAUUACUACCCUAUAAGACGAAGCUCGAGAAAAAGUAUAAUGGUUUUAAAGUGUGAACAGAAGCAGCUCAUAGACGAUCGCAUCACAAAAGGAAUAGAGGAAGGAAUGGAGGUGCAACAUAUAGAAGGAAAGGGGAGGGCGGUGUUUGCCACUCGUUGUUUCCAGAAAGGCGAGUACGUGGUAGAGUACCACGGAGACCUGCUGCAGAUCACAGAUGCCAAGAAGAGGGAGGCCGAAUACGCUCAAAACCCUGCCACUGGCUGCUACAUGUACUACUUCCAGUACCUCUGCAAAACAUACUGUGUGGAUGCCACAAAAGAGUCUGGUCGAAUGGGUAGAUUGAUAAAUCACAGCAAAAAUGGAAACUGCCAAACCAAACUCCACGACAUCAACGGUGUCCCUCACCUCAUCCUCGUCGCCUCUCGAGACAUCGACGAAGGCGAGGAGCUGCUCUAUGACUACGGAGACCGCAGUAAAGCCUCUAUCGCAGCUCACCCAUGGCUCAAGUACUGAUUGAGGGGACUUCCAAAAAAAAGGGAAACAUACAGUAACACUUGUGUUUCUCAUUUGCUAGUGUACAAAAUGCCUUAGAAACAGAAUGUGUACCCUUUUUGUUCCAAGAUUAAGGAAGCUGGCUGGGUUUAGUAGCUGUUAAUGGGGCUGGAGGGGUGAUCGGGUACUUAUCAUGUUUCGACUGGUCCCUCUGCCUUGUCAGAUGACGUGUACUUUUAUUUAUAUGUGUAUAUGAGGCAUUCUAGUUGUUUUGCAGCACAUUUAUUUUGUACAUUUUUGUAUUUCCUAUAGACCAAUGCUUCUACAGCAUGCAGGUGGUAGUUGAUGCUCUGCAUUUUUAUACUGCUUUUUCUUAAUUAGUGGUUAGAUACUUAGCAAUACUUCUAUUUAUGGCCCCAGAACUCUUUUGAAUCAGCGAGAAUUAUGGGAUGCAAAUGACAAAGCCUUUUUUAACGACAUAUUCUGUGGAAUUUAAUUUCAGCCAUUAAAAAUCACACAACCUUCCAUUGUUUAGAGGGAGUGUAAUAGUUCACCACACCCAUGGGUCAGGAGUCCAAAAAACAAUUUGACACUUGAUUCAAGUAUUAUACUUUUAAAGUGCAAAAUGACGGUGUUCAACAAUCAGACUUUCCUGUCUCCAUGCCCUUUUUUAUUCU